AAAGUUUCCUGGAUGAGUUUAGAUCCUACUUCGUGGUACAGGUCCAGCUCGGCAUGGAAACCACAACACAAACCCUUUUCUCCCUCCAGGAGGAGCUGCAGAAGUUCGCCAGACGUCGGGAAGAGGUUUUUCUGCCCAGCUCUUUUAGAGUGUGCAACCUGCGGGGGGCGCUGGAUCUCCUGCAGGAGGUGGAGCAGAGGGCGGAGCCUCCUCCUGCUCCUGCUGCCUCUGGGGCCUCCAGACGCUGGCUCCCCAGGAUGACUCCUGCCACCAACAGCCACGCCUUCCCUCUGAUGCCUGCCGACACCGCCUGGCUGUUCGCCACCCGACCCAUCUUCCUUUACCCAGAACUACUUCCUGUCUGCAGCCUGGACCCUGCGCUACACACCCGACACCAUCGGAGAGUUUACACUGCAGGAGAGGACGG